GUUUCAAUGAGUAGCGGCGACAUGGAUACCACGCAGCUGUGCAAGUUGUUUAUCGGAGGCCUGAACGUGCAGACCACAGAAGAGGGCCUACGGCAGCACUUCGAGACCUACGGGCAAUUGACGGAUUGCGUUGUGGUGAUCAACCCACAGACCAAGCGCUCUCGCUGUUUCGGUUUCGUAACCUACUCGAGCGCUGCAGAAGCUGACGCAGCUGUGGAGGCCUCGCCGCACGUGGUUGAUGGGAACAACGUUGAACUAAAGCGGGCCGUAUCCAGGGAAGAUUCCGCCAGGCCGGGGGCGCACGCUAAAGUGAAAAAGCUCUUUGUUGGCGGCCUGAAAGAAGAGGUCGGCGAGAGUGAUUUGCUCGAGCACUUCUCCCAGUUCGGCCCCGUGGAGAAAGUAGAGGUCAUCGCCGAUAAAUUGACCGGCAAGAAACGCGGCUUCGGCUUUGUCUACUUCAACAGCCACGACUCCGCCGACAAGGCCGCGGUGGUCAAGUUCCACUCCGUCAACGGGCACCGCGUGGAGGUAAAAAAGGCCGUCCCUAAAGAAGAACUUUCUCAGGGUUCCAACAGAUCCUUCCGCGGUGGCAGAGGCGGGAGAGGCCGUGGCGGCGGCGGACCCCCCCGAGAUUACAAUGGUAUAUCCGGCAGUGGCGGCAAUCCUGCUUUUGGCGGAGGUUAUGGCGGCGGCUAUGGGGGCGGUAACCAGGGUUACAGCUCUUACGGAGGAGGCUAUGCCGAGCCCAGCGAUUACGGCAAUGGCUACAACAGUUUCGGAAACUACAGCCAGCACCAGUCCUCGUAUGGGCCAAUGAAGGGAGCGGGCAGCGGCAACUGGAACCGUCCAAACACAUCAGGCCCCUACCGCGGAGGAUAUGGCGGAGGAGGAGGUUAUGGCGGCGGCAGCUCUUAUGGCGGCGGCUCCUUCUGAUAAGUUCAUGACUUUGGCGCGUAGAGGUGGAAAUGAUCCACACACGACAACACCGAUUAACUCGAACUUCUUUCAUAUUUUUCUUGUGUGUUUUGGGCUCUGAUUGUUUUUAUACUAUUGUAACCUGAGACCUAGAGCGGGAAACUGACAAUGGCCCCUUGUGGAACCCGUAUUUCUCCCCACGCCCAUCCUGGUUUUUUGUUUUUUUUCUUUUUGGCCGGUCUAUGUGGCGGCUGCGAUGAAACAGUAACUCCUUGUACCUUUUUUUUGUUUUUACUUUUUAAAUAAAUCGGUUUAUUACCCACCUUUGUUCCCCUAGCAUCUUCACUUUUAUUUUGUCUUCUGCUCUUGAACCAAUUAAAAUGUUACCGUUUGCCAAGUGUCUUUCCUGUCUUUAAAGGGCAAGUAAAGGCCCAAUCACUAGCCUGUGUCACUACUAAUAGGCUCCCCCUGUGAAUUCUCUACCGCCAUUUUACUUCCUUUUCCCAGUGGGUCUUGGCGCAAAGUUAAAGGGAUUCUGUUUUAGGAUGUAGUUUUUAUUUCUAAAUUGCAUUGCAAAUAGUUAACGCUACAAUAUAACAUUUUAUUCCUGAA